CUCUCUCUCUCUCUCUUCUCUCUCUCUAACUUAGGAUUAUGCAGAGAUCUCCAUUGCCGGUUCUUUCAUUACUACUAGCAGUAUGUACCUUCAAUCUCUCUCACGCUGCAAAGAUGGGGUCCACAUGCAUAGCGGACCGCAGCUGCGACGCGGGUCUGCAUUGCGAGACCUGCGUCGCCGACGGCAACGUCCUGCCUCGGUGCACCCGCGUCCGGCCCGAAGACCCCAAAUCCAAGGGGGCGAAUCUGCCGUUUAACCGGUACUCUUGGCUGACGACGCACAACUCGUUCGCUAGGCUCGGUCAGAGGUCGCUCACGGGGACGCCCGUAAUUGCUCCCACCAACCAGCAGGAUACGGUCACCGCCCAGCUCAACAAUGGUGUGAGAGGAUUAAUGUUGGACAUGUACGAUUUCGAGAGUGAUAUUUGGUUGUGUCACUCCUUUGGUGGGAAAUGCUACAACUUCACAGCCUUCCAACCUGUUAUCAACGUACUCAACGAAAUCCAAACAUUCCUCCAAGAAAACCCUUCGGAGAUAAUAACCAUAUUCAUCGAAGAUUAUGUUACUUCUCCCCGAGGUCUCACCAAGGUUUUCAAUGCUGCUGGCCUUACAAAGUACUUGUUUCCUGUAUCAAGAAUUCCUAAAAAUGGCGGCAAUUGGCCUUUGUUGAGCGAUAUGAUCAACAAGAACCAGAGACUGCUUGUAUUCACUUCCAAAUCCUCCAAAGAGGCCUCAGAGGGCAUUGCUUAUGAAUGGAGAUAUGUAGUAGAAAACCAAUACGGAAAUGGAGGGAUGAAGGAGGGUUCGUGCCCAAAUCGUGCAGAAUCAUCGACCAUGAACACCAAAUCAAGGUCUUUGGUUCUGAUGAACUAUUUCAGAGACACGCCUGAUUUUGUUACGUCGUGCAAGGACAAUUCGGCUCCUCUUGAGAACAUGAUGAACACUUGCCACAAUGCGUCGGGCGAUAGAUGGCCUAACUUCAUUGCUGUUGAUUUCUAUAAGAGGAGCGAUGGAGGAGGAUCUCCAGAGGCUAUAGAUAUAGCCAAUGGACAUUUGGUUUGUGGAUGCAACAAUAUUGUCAGCUGCAAGGUAAAUGGCACAUAUGGGCAAUGUGGUGAGCCACCAAAGGCUGCUAAUGGAAGUUCAAUUGUUGCAAAGCAGAAAACGUCAGAUACUGCAUCUAUAACUGAGGGCAAGGUGUUUGAAAUGGUGUUGAUAGCAACAUCCCUUCUCUUGUACAGCUUGUAGUUUCUCUCUGCUUUUGUUUCUUGUUUCCUGCAUUUCUUUUAACACCUUGGAACUACGUAGAAACCUUGUAAAAUAUCCCUCAACAAUCCGAGAUUAAACAUUAAGCUUUAUCAA